AGUCUAUGAGCAUGAGAAACUCUUCGUUCCAUAUUCGUAAGAGCAAAAAGGACGAGACUUGAAGAACAAGGGAAGCUGAUGACGAAAGACACCGAUGAUAAGGAUCUUCAUGUCUAAGUGUACCUUCGUGUUAGCAAUUACCUCCAUAGUUGCACGUAUCCCAGGACUUCAAGAUUGUCCAUUCGAAAGAAUUAUUUAAUGCUGUAUGCGCCAAAUAUCCUAAAGCUACCCACGUAUACACCGACGGUUCCAAGAAUAAUCUUGGAACAGGAGCAUUUAGUCUUUACGCAGGAUUUAUAGAUCAAAUACGGAAUGAAUCCCUUCAAUAGCAUCUUCACAGCCGAAAGCUACGCACUCCUCUCAGCUCUCGAGUUUAUCGAUAAACUCACUCCGAAUUUAUCGUUUUUUCCGACUCCCUCUCCAUCAUCCUAAACAUCCAAAACCUGAAGCAAUCCAUGGAAAUUCACAUAGCAAUCCGAGAAUUAUGUGACAAACUAGCUAAACACGGGAAGACAACGACAUAUGGGUCUCCUCCCAUAUGGACAUACAUGGGAAUGUCAUGGCCGACCUCGAAGCAAAAAUCGCAACACUACAACCGCAUAACCAAGCUAUAUAUAACACUGCUUCAGACAUUAAUAAAUAUCUAAAGACACUAUGGAAACAGUCGUGGAAUCGAGCAUGGAAAAACUACAGAGCAAGUGCGCUCCAUAAAUCAAUUAACAAUUUCUUUGACCUCGCAACAACUUCCAAUUUCAACAGGAAACAGCAAACAGCAAUUGCUCGAAUCAGGAUCGGACACACCAAACUCUAGCACUCUCACAUUUUCAACAAUAGUCCCCUCGCACUAUGCGAAGCUUGCAACGAAACUAUAACAGUCAACCAUAUCAUCAUAGAAUGCAGGAAAUACAGCUAAGUACGAAGAAGGCUAAAUAUUAAGGACGAUUUCAUAGAAUCAACCACCUCAACGUCCUACCAGGAAGCACUGAUAACAUUCUGCGAGACCAUCGGUAUUCUCAACAGACUAUAACAAUCUCACGUAACCAGUCUCUUUUAUCUUCGCUACAAUUUCACCCAUAAGGUGCAACUAAAUUUGUCGACAGUCGCUAAUAACCUCUGACGUUGAUGCGACUUUAAACCUUAAGAGAAAAAAAAGAAAGAAAGAAAGAAAAGAUUGUCCAUUCAAGUUCUCCUGCAAAAGUAAAACCAAUACUGUAGUCAUGUCCCUAAGCAUUCUCAAACUCGACUUUUCAAUCCCUCUUAGCUUGUUAACGACACGCCACGCUCGUGACGCGUUAGCUUCACGUAGACCAAGCCAAUUCCCAGAGCCACAGCUGAUGGAAGAACGCAGAACCCGUGUAAAGCCGUACUGGAAAAAUUAGACCACGAUGAAUCCCUUCGCGCUAUCACCAGAUAUUUUUGGCAACUCCAUCGAGAUAAAAACUUAGCAGGUAUAAGAAAAAAAGUCUGCCACUAGACGCGCGAUAAAGACGAACAUCUACUAUUCGCUGGCGCCGUUCGGUUAGCUCCUGGACGACUGGCGAACAGCGCACAAUCGUCUACAACGAAGGCCUGCGCCCGAUAAACUCGUGGAGUGGGACAGAGACGGUCGACGCGUUGCAUAACACCACUGCUAGGAGUGCGAAAUGAGCGUGGAACGUGGGUGAGCCUGUCACGCACAGUGUCCGAGAGGAUCAUCUCUUCGAGGUGGUCACUGGCAUCGAGGAACAUGCAAGGACAUCCGGAUUGGAGGCCGACAGUGGUGAUAACGUGCAGUUUAGCGGUUGUUUUCGUGGUGGUCAUGUGGAGCAUACGAAAGAGAUCCUCCUCGGAUAAAUCGAAAAGGGCGAAGGAGAAGGACGCGAAGGAGGACGAAGAAAUCGAGGAAAUCGACACUUCCAGUGGCGACGUUGACCACGAAGUCUACUUGACCAAUGAUAACAUUCCUGAGUUGCCCUAUCCGAAUUGGGUGAAAGUGGGUGAAAUUCAAGAGUUGUACGCGUACCCUUUGAAGUCUGGACGAGGGAAGGCUGUCAAGGAAUGCGAUUUCACAGAGUUUGGGAUCAGCAUUGAGAGCAAAGGGCGCUUCACCCUUCGAGAUAGAAUGUUUCUAGUGUACAACGAGGAAACUGGCCGCUUCCAGACUGGCAGGCAGUACCCAACGCUGAUUUUGGUUAGCCUGUCCGCGGUGGACGAGACCAAGGUGAAACUCGAAGCCGUAGGGAUGCCCAGCAUGGUUUUCACGGUGCCAAAAUGUUCAGACGAAAGCCCCGAAGCCGUUCAAUGCACAAUGUGGUGGGGAGAGCCGGUGAAGUGUAUCGAUUGUGGCUCAGAACCUGCUGAAUGGUUAUCAAGAUUUCUGACUGGAACGAAUUCGGGGCUACGAUUGGGCUGCGCCAUGAUGAACAAACGAAAUAUCACCGAUGGCCCUUGGGAAAAUUACACCAAGGUGUACAAGACGCUCAGAAACGAGGAUACUGGUUUAUUCAGCGAUCUGGCCAGUUACAUGUUGAUGACCACACGGUCCGUUGAGCUUCUAAACGAGAAACUGGAGAUACCUGUACCUGCCUUACAAUUCCGUCCGAAUAUUUUAGUCUCCACGGAAAAACCCUUCGAAGAUGACAACUGGGAAUGGAUUAAAAUUGGCAGACGAGCUGUGAUCAGAAACGUCAAACCGUGUACGAGGUGCAAAUUUAUUCGAGUGAACCCUGAAUCUGGCAUUAUGGAUGAACAGGAGCCGUCGAAAACGCUGAAAACUUUUCGAGAACUGAUGGACCCGGAACGUGUUAAACUCGAGGGAAAAGUGCCAACGAUUGGAAUACUCUGCGGACUAUACCUUUCUGGAAGAGUGAACAUCGGAGACGAAGUUUUCGUGCACGUGCCUGACAAUUCCUCCGUAGAAACCCGUCAACCUGAAGAAACUGCAAGCUAGAACUUAAAACCGACAAAAAAAAAAAAGGAGGUGCUUCCUAUUGGCCUUUGACUUUGAAAGUAGGUUACUCACUAACGCGCGAGUAAUAAUCUAGAAUAUUGAAAGAUACUUAAAAAAUUGUUUCCUGAAAAGUAUAAGUACUCAAAGACAAUACAAUAUACAAUUUUUGAUGACGAAUUAUUGUUGACAAGAUGUUUAAACGAAUAUACGAAUAAAGUAUUGAUUGUUACAAAAA